AUGUCGUUUCUACAUUCUCAUUCUUGUGAGUGCUUAAAGUCUGAGUUAUAUCCAUUCUCGAUACCUCCUACACAAACCUCGAUAGAAAGCUCUCAAUGGGUACACUAUAAACCGGUAUCAUCCCUUACCGAUGAAUGGCCUACAGAAUUUGUCGUCCCUGGUCAUGGUGAUGAAUACAUUGAUUUGGCUCACACAAUGCUAAAUCUUAGGGUGAAAUUAAUAACACCACCUAGGGUUGCUGAAAAUGCCGAAAAAUUGGAUAGAGUUGGUCCUGUAAACAAUCUAUUACAUUCGUUAUUUAAUCAAGUGGAUGUCUAUUUUAAUCAAAAAGUUGUAUCUCCACCCAGUAAUUCUUAUGCUUAUCGGGCAUACAUUGAAACUUUACUUAACUAUGGUCCUGCUGCUAAAAAUAGUCAUCUGACUACCUCUCUUUGGUAUGAUGACACACCUGGAAAAAUGGAUGAUUUCGAUGAAAAUGUGGGAUUAAAAGCUCGCCAAAAAUAUUUAAGUGCUGGUAAAUCUAUUGAUCUUAUUGGACACCAACACUGUGAUAUUUUUAACCAGGACAAAUUUCUUAUCAAUGGAAUGGAAUUGAGGCUACGACUAGUACGCUCAAAACAUUUAUUCUGUCUUAUGGAUGGCACAAAUGGUUGUAGUAUAAAUAUUGAGGAAGCCUCACUAGUUGUGUGUCGAGCAAAAAUUAGUCCCGGUAUUCUAUUAGCUCAUGCAAAAGCUCUAUCUCAUGGUACUGCAAAAUAUCCUAUUACACAUGUCGAGGUAAAAGCUUUGUCUCUACACCCAGGCGUUCACUCUGAAACGCUUGAUAAUGUUAUUCUCGGUCGAAUCCCAAAAAGAAUAAUAAUUGGGUUUGUGGACAAUAUUGCAUUCAACGGAAACGGAAGCAAAAAUCCUUUUAAUUUUCAAAAUUAUAAAAUUAAUCAUCUUUCGCUUUAUGUUGAUGGUACUCAGAUACCUUCUAAACCACUACAGCCAUCAUUUGGGGAUAAGAAGUUGUAUGUCGAAGCUUAUCACACGUUAUUUAGCGGAACUGGUAUCCAUUUUCUGAACGAAGGAAAUAAUACUGAUAGAGAGAAUUAUCCUGCAGGAAACUGUCUGUUCGCCUUUGAUUUUACACCUGAUCUCUCAGUAAACUGUUACUCUCACUAG